AUGGCCCCCUCUCGCGGUCCCCCAACCACACCCCGCAUCCUUCACAAAACGCUCUCCAGUCACAAAGGGCCCGUUAACGUCGCACGGUACGCUAAAGGGAGCGCCAAGUACGUGCUUUCUGGCGGGCAAGAUCGCACCGUCCGGCUGUGGAACCCAGACGCGGGCACGGAGAUCAAGUCGUAUUCUGCCCACGGCUACGAGAUCCUCUCUAUCACGGUUGCACAUGAUAACAGCCGUUUCGCGUCGUCUGGGGGGGACAGGCAGGUGUUCCUCUGGGACGUCAUGACGGGGCAGACGAUACGAAGGAUACCGGGUCAUAUGGGCAAGAUAUAUGCAGUCGAAUUCAAUGAGGACGCGAGCGUGCUGGCUAGCGGCUCGUACGACUCAACCGUCAAGCUAUGGGACCUCAAGUCUCAAAACCGACAGGCCAUCCAAACGCUCGAAGAUGCGCGCGACACCGUCCAGACCCUACACGUCGGGCAUCACUACAUCCUGACCGGCUCUGUGGACGGGCACGUUCGCGCGUACGACCUGCGAAUGGGAGAGCUACGGACCGACUUCAUAGGCCAGCCCGUCACGUCCGUGGUUCCCUCACAAGACAGCCAAACGUAUCUAGUGACGACCAUCGACGGCCAUGUCCGUCUGAUGGACAUGUCUACGGGCAAGAUGUUGAACGACUUCAAGGGCCAUGCGAGCGAGUCAUACCGCAUCCGGUCCUGCUUUGGGCAUGGGGAGGCGACGGUGAUCUGUGGAGACGAAGGGGGCGCUGUGUGGGCAUGGGACUUGGUGGACGCUUCACCACUGCAGCCCAACCCUCCUCCUCAGGUACACAAGAAGGUGAUAACGUGGGUCGAGCAUCAUCCAGUCGAGGUGGGAGAACUCGUCACGGCAAGCGCGGACGGGACGGUUAAGGUGUGGCGAAGUGCGUCAUAG